CACAAAGAGAGCGAAGAAUGCCGGACGUUUCUGACCAGAAACCUCGAGCACGGCGGACACUGUGUGAAGAUUCUCCACAACACUGGGAGGAUAAAGGCGAACGAACGAUCAGCGUUUAGGUCUUUUCUGUUUCUGACCUUCUCCAGAGAUGGUGCCUUCUGGGAUGCAGGUGUUCUUUGCAUUGGUUGCCACAGGUGUGGGCCUCAUACAGACAUGUGAAGCCCAAGGUAACUACACGACACCUUUACUUGCCUCCUUUAUGUGUUUCUUCCUCUUUCAUAUCUGUGUCCAUGUGUCCACUGCUGACCUCUUUGCUCUAGUUUGCGGAAGGCCUCCUCUGGGGAACCGCAUUGUAGGAGGCAGCGAGGCUCGAGAUGGAUCGUGGCCAUGGCAGGUGGACAUUCAGCUGGGACCGAGCGGUCAUGUGUGUGGAGGAUCUCUCAUCUCCAGAGACUGGGUCCUUUCCGCCGCUCACUGUUUUCCUAAGCCUUCAGAUGUCUCCUCAUAUCAUCUCUACAUGGGUCGCUAUCAGCUCAACGGCGAUAACCAGUUUGAGAUGUCCAGCAGGGUGAGCAGAGUCGUAGUGCCGGAUGGUUACUCCAUGCCACAGGAGGGCAGAGACGUAGCUCUGGUCCAGCUGAGCACACCGGUCUCCUGGACAGACAGAAUCCAGCCCGUGUGUCUGCCGGACUCUGACCUGCAGUUCUACAGCGGAACUCUGUGCUACGUCACUGGCUGGGGGGACGUCCAGGAGGGAGUCCCCCUCUCUGGUAUCGGGACACUGCGAGAAGUUGAAGUACCCAUUAUUGACCAAGCGUCCUGCAACAACAUGUACAGUCUCCAGUCGUCCAACUCGGACAGAGUGGAUAUCCUCUCGGAUAUGAUCUGUGCCGGAUACAAAGAGGGAGGCAAAGACUCGUGCCAGGGCGACUCUGGAGGACCCCUUGUUUGUCCCGUAGGUAAUGGGACAUGGAUUCAGGCCGGCAUUGUGAGUUUUGGAUUGGGAUGCGCCCAACAAAACAGACCCGGAGUUUAUGCCAAAGUGUCGAGUUUCGCUGGCCUGAUCCGCUCCACGGUGCCGGACGCCCAGCUGAUGGGUCAGGCCCAUGUCUGCGGGGCUGAAGGCCUUCUGGUGCUUAGUCUCAGUCUAGGAUUAGUGCUCUUGGGGACACAGUGAACCUAAGUGGACAUACACACGGGCAUAGUUUUGGUGUCAGUACACAAUAUGGAGGUCCUUGUCACCCCCAACACAUACAGAAACCUGCAAGCUCUUAUAAAUAGGAGCUAAAGUUGUGUAUGAUAUCAGUCAAUCAAUCAGUCAGUCAAUCAAUCA